AUAAAUUUUUGAAUUUGAAUCCAAAUUUAUUUCAAAUUUUGUACCAACAGCUUGGAAUGGAAUCGAUAGCGAUCCGAUGACUAGUGAUCGAUUAUUUUCGACGUUUUCCACCGACGAAAGACUCGCUUUAUAUGAGUAUUGUCGAUUGAACACCCGACGUCCCCCGAUACCCAAAGAAUUCACUUCGAUUAUCGAUAUUAAUAAAAAAGAAGAACAUGAACUAACUGAAGAAGAAAAAUUGAUAAGAGAGAGAAAUGCAAAAAGGCGUCGAGUCAAAUACAAAUCCGUGCAUACAGGGAGGAAUAAGAGCCACACUGAAGUGUUGAGGGAGGUUAUAAAGAAUCAAAUGGAGAUGUACGGGGAUUAUUUGACAGAAAAACGUAAAGCGGAAGAGGAAGCGGCUUUAAAAAGGGAAGCGGAGGCUCGAUCCUAUGAACAAUUCCCUCACGUCGAUACUAGAGUCGUGUACGAUUACGGGAUCGAUCCGUUCGAAACAAUCGAUAAUUUCGAGGAUGCUUUCAACGUGAAUUACGAUUAUCGAUCGGAUUUGGGGCCCAAAAUCGAAAACGAACGUCCGGAGGGUAAAAAUGUCGUCGAAGACGAGAAUAAACCAGAAAAAAAAUGUAAUUAUCGAAGAUCGCGGUCCAGGGAGAGGGAUAGGCGCGCCAGGAGUCGAGAUGGUAGGAGGAGGAGAAGUCGUAUAAGGAGCAGGGAGGAUCAAAGGGUUCGUUCGAGACACGAACGGAGGCAUUGAGACUGUUUAUUAAAUUAUUUGUCUAUUUUUUCCCAUAAAUAA